UAAAACCAUGAUUUAAUGUCCCGCACGUGCGCCUGUGAUCGUGAGUGAGAGUUCACCUGACACUGUAGUAAAAAUUUAUUUACUCUCACCUUUAUAUGUCAUUAUUUUAAUUUGUCCGCCCAAUCAUUUGCCGUAAAAACCACAGACAGCCCCACCGGCAGUCACUUUACCACAAAUCACCAUUUUUUUCCUGAUAUUUUUUUUUCAUUAAAUAAGCCUCCGCCCACAAGAUAUAAACUUCCCUGUUAAUGCUACUUUGUUUUAGUAAGAGAAACCAAAAACCAAAAAGGACGGUAACCGAAACGCAUGAAAAGAUUUUAAAAAAAAGAGAAGCUAAUCUAAAAAUGGGAGAUAACAUUAAACUUACCACGUUUGAUUCUAAGAACAAUGAUAACAAUAAUAAUUAUAAUCAUGGGACGUGUUUAUCUUCUUCGUCUGAUGAUAUAUCCAAUCUUCUUCAUCAAAUUCUAGUUCAUUCUUCUUCUUCGUCUUCUGGGAUGGCCCACUUGGCAGGCCCAACUGAGAAUCCACUGUGGUUGUCACAGUCACCGGCACCACCCGGUGGUAGAGUGAAGCAAAGGAUGAUCUUGACUGUUGAUUCUUGUGGGAGAGGAAGUGGAGGGUCUGGUAAUUUGGUUGGAGCUGCUGGUGAGAAUGAUACUGAUGGGUAUGAUUGUCAAAGCGAGGAGGGCCUUGAAGCAUUGGUAGAUGAGGCACCAACAAAGCCAGCUCCAUCUCGUAGUUCCUCAAAAAGAAGCAGAGCUGCUGAGGUUCAUAAUUUGUCUGAGAAGAGGAGGAGGAGUAGGAUUAAUGAGAAAAUGAAAGCAUUGCAAAACCUGAUUCCAAAUUCUAACAAGACAGAUAAGGCUUCGAUGCUCGAUGAAGCUAUUGAGUACUUGAAGCAGCUUCAGCUUCAAGUUCAGUUGCUAUCAAUGAGAAAUGGAUUAAGCUUGCAUCCCAUGUGCUUGCCUGGAGUUUUGCAACCAAUCCAGUUUUCCCAAACAAGAAUGGACUUUGGCGAAGAAAAAGGUUCUCUACCCAUGAAUGUGUCAGGCACAGUGCCGGCGAAUCAAGAAACCUCAGCACAGUUGGGUUUUGAUCUACCCAACCAAUGCAGUUCCUCAAACCCUGCAUCUGUACCCAACAUGUCAAACGUAAUUACUUCAGAAACAUCAUUCGGAUUGGAAUCAAUCCAGUCCCAGUUUGGGCCUUUUCAGCUCCUCUCAUCAUCUCAGGAUAUUUGCAGGGAAGACAUUCUGCCACGUGAUCAACUGAGGACAAAAAUAUCAGAAUUUGGCUCAGCGGCUAUAAAUACAGUUUCACUUCGCUUUAAUACACGAGAAUCUGAUCUAAAGGAUAGCGGUUCUAUUGAUGCAAGCAUGAUGAGAAGAAACCAAUCCAACAGUGUGCUCUUAAAGAAUAUGGAGCAUGACCUUAUACUUUCUCCGCACCUGACUGGGCCACACGCGCAAAAUCAUUCCAUCAUAUAAUUUCUACGCUUGAACAACAGGCAAGCAGGUAGAAGUGACUCCAGUGAUGAAAUCAAGAUAGAAAAACCGAACGUCUGAAUUGGCUGCUUAACUGAUGCUACUCUGUUAACCUUUUGGAUUUAGUAUAGCAACAUUGUCCGUCAGCUGUUGUGUCUCUUUUGUAUUUAUCACAAAGCCUCCAUGGUGAAGGCAUUCUUACAAAGCCUCUAUAGUGAAGGCAAUGUCUUGACAUGCCUCUUAAACAUCCAGCAGCAAAUGAGCAUGAAUGCAACAUGAGCCUCAAAUGUUUGGGAUACUGAAGUAAACCAAAAUUUCCCCUUUCCCUGGGUAAAUUUAGCAGCUGCCACUUGCUCUUCUGAUAAUUUUCCAUCAAAAUUUUUGUGUUCGCUCGUAUAUAAUUUACGAGAAAAAACUAUUAGCCCGAUAGUAAGUAAUAGUUCUUAUCUACAUGAACCAA